AUGAGUGUGCCAAAACAUGAGAAAGUUCAACUAACAGUAUACGAAGCAGAUGUAGUUAAAUUAAUUUUGGAAUUUUUGGAAAAACGUGAUCUAGCCAUCUCUAUGUUAGCCCUAGAACGAGAAACUGGACAAGUAAAUGGACCAUUCAAUGAAGAUGUACUAUUCUUUCGUCAAUUAAUUUUGGAAGGUCAUUGGAAUGAUGCACUUGACUAUUUGGAACCAUUACGAGGUCCACCUGUUGAGUUAGAUCUUAGAAAGCCCCGAUUUUUAUUAUUAAAACAUAAGUAUCUAGAAUUAUUGUGUCUACGUGAUGUAACUAACUUGGAUGGGACUACCGGUGUUAGUGUUAACGGAAAUGAUAUAGAUCAUGGUGUUGAACAGGUUAUUGAUUGUUUGAAACAGUUAGAACCUGAAUGUGAAACUCAAGCAGAGUAUCGUGAUUUAACUCUUUUGUUAACUUUAACACGAUUAGACCAACAUCCUGAUUAUCGUUAUUGGAAUCCAAGUUUAGGCCGUUUACAAUGCUUUAAUCAGAUCUAUCCGCUCUUGCAACCAUUUAUUCAACUUAGUAAACAUUCACCUAGUGGCCAGGCAUCAACUGAUGAAAAUGCUCGUGGUGACCGACUUUUACGAUUACUUGUUAAAGGUUUACUAUACGAAGCAUGUGUAGAUUACUGUGCUCUUAUGGCAACAGAACAGAAAGCUCAAAUGCAGAUAACUGGAAUGCUUGGAGGUGAUUUAGACGAGGAAGAAGAAACUGAACGUCUUUACAAUCAGAAUAUUUCCUUACAUACUACACAAAACAAUGAAAUAAAUCAGCGAGCACAUAGUCAUUCUACUAGUCAUUGUCGCCAACCUGUUGCACCGGAUUUAUCAUUAAAUUCAUGGCUUCAAUCAUUGAAACCAGUGAAUUUUAGUCAACCAUUCCAAUCAUAUGAAUUAGAUUUGAAAGUACAACCCAUUAAUCGACCAACACUUGAAUCUAGUUUAUGGCCAGAACAUAUAUUAACUCAACCUACUGUGAAACCACUUGUAUUUCCUUAUACUCAUAUACCAGAAUCAAAUACCAUAAUGGGAUCAAGUAUUCAGCGUUCAGUAUUAUCAAUACAUAAUCCAGCUUUAAACAGAGGCCAUCUUCAAGGACCUGGUGGUGAAUUAAUGCGAAGUCUUAUUCCUGCUUAUGAAGGACUCUCCAGUGGUCUCUUACGCAUGAAACCACCGUCAUUACAAAAUGAUGAACUGAACGGUGAAUAUGACAUCAAUCAUCAUAAUGGUAUCAAUACAGUUUUGCGUCCAGUUAUUCGGAGUUCUGGUUUACCCAAUUUAUCUCGACGUGGUCCUCGUUUAAUGACUCAUUCUUUGUCUGGAUUUCGUCUUCCACCUAAUCCGAAUCUACAAUUUUUAAAUCAAAAAUCUAAUUCCAACCAAACAGUAGCAUCUACAAAUACACAAGAUAAUAAUACUAUGUCAGAAAAUAAAGUACAAAAUAUUUCAACAGAUCAAAACACUAAUGGAAAUGCUCAUUUAGAAUCGGCCAAUAUUUCCGCCAGUAUGCAAGCUUCAGUGGAUCGGUUAUUUUUACUACAUGGUCAAAUGUCAUCUACUUCAACAGAUAUGAAUAUUUCUAUGGCAGAUCACCAUGAACAUAACAUAUCCACAACAGUACGAAACUCAAUGUUAUUAUCUCGUUCUACUGCUCUAACAGGAGGUCAAAUGCAGUCAAUUACAGAAGAAUCGUCUCAUUCAUCAUUUGAUCCUGUUAAUAAUGAUCGAUUGGCAGUAAAACAAUCUGUCAGUGUUGAUGAUACUACCAGUCAUCGAAAAUCUCCAUCAUCUUCAUCACCAUGUAACAGAACAAUGUCUGGUAGUUUAUCACCUAAAGAGAUGGUUGCAUCAAUGCAAAGUUCAAUUAUUAUCGAUAUAGAAAGUGAUAAAGAUGGUCAUAAACUCGGUUCACAUGCUGGUGAUUUACUGCAUGAAUUUCAAAAACGUCGUCUUGAUAGAGAAAAUUCUCAAGUGCCCAAUACUACUUCCGGUGCUAAUAGCAAUGAUCAGUCAUGUUCGGUUACACCUAUCAUUAGUCAAGCUACAAAAAACACUACUCAGCUAUCUGAAACUAUUGAACCUAAUGUAAAUGAAAAACCAUCUAUAAUUUAUUCUUCCUCACAACCACAUUCACAACGUACUGACAUGGAUAGACCAUGUAAACGUAAUGGUAAAUUAUCGGAAACCUCUGAUACCAGUCCUCAAUCCCCACGUUACAUACCUGUAACAAUUUUAGAAGAUAGUCAACCAAUACGUUGUGUUGCAUUUCAUCCAUCUGGACGAUUAUAUGCUGUCGGUUCGAAUAGCAAAUUUUUACGUGUAUGCCAAUAUCCUAAUGUACAACACCUUAGUGCUAAUCAUGUAGCUACUUCUCCAGUAGUUCUAGUGAGACGUCAAAAAUACCACAAAGGUAGUAUAUAUUGUGUUGCUUGGAGUCCAGAUGGUCGUAUUAUCGCAACAGGAAGUAACGACACUACAAUUCGUCUACUUCAAAUGGAUCCAACAACUGGCAUACCAGAUGCUGCUUAUGGUGAUCCAGAAAUUGCAAGUACCGCUGGACAAGCCAUUGAGCUAAGGUAUCAUGAUGGCACAGUACGAGAUAUUGCAUUUCUAUUAGGAAGUUAUCCAUGUUCAGAUACAAUUACAAGUACACCAUGUAGUCAUUUACUAAGUGCUGGUGCAGGUGAUUCUCGUAUUUAUCUUGUUGAUUGUAAUCGAGCCCAAACAUUUGAUCUAUCUACACCGAAGUCCACUCCACCUAAUUAUGUUGUACGUUCCAUGUCUGGGCACACAGCUGCAGUUUAUUCAUUAUCUGUAUGGAGUCCUGGUUCAUUGUUUGUUUCUGGUAGUGCAGAUGCUACUGCACGUCUAUGGGAUUUACGAGCUCCAGCUCCUGUGUUAAUUGUUCCAUCUUAUUCAGGUUCACAAGGCAGUGCAUUUGCUUCAGUUACUGUUGAGCCGAAUUGUAAUUUACUGGCUAGCGGACAUGAGGAUUCAACAAUAUCAUUAUUUGAUUUACGUGGUGCUCGUUAUAUCAAUGCAUAUAGACCACAUUCAAAUGAAGUGCGUAGUGUACGAUUCUCACCAACUGCUUAUUACCUACUAUCAGCUAGUUACGACAAACGUGUUAUAUUAACCGACUUUCAUGGUGAUUUAUCUCAACCAUUGCCUUGUGUUCAAUUAGCUGAGCAUACGGAUAAAAUUAUACAAGCACGUUGGCAUCCUAAUCAAUUAUCAUUCAUUACCUCAAGUGCAGAUAAGAGUGUUAUUUCAUGGGCAUUACCCACUGUGUGA